AUGGACACAGAUCCUCCUCUUCCUCCUCCUUCAAGGUGGUGGACACAACUACACUCACUAUUCUUUCGUCGGGAGAAGAAACUUACGAAAGAAGAAACCUCGGCUCUUAUGAAACCCUUUUGGCUUGGCAUCUUGACAUACUUCGCCGUUUCGGCCAUCGUCCUCACCUACUUCUACCUCGACAGGCCUCCUUGCAACGUCAGCUUCUCGGUCGAAUCCGUCUCCGUUUCUCCCUAUCCCACCACGUGGCACGUAGAUUUCCUCGUGAAAGACCCUAGCUCGCGUUGUCCUAUCAACUACGACGGCGAUGACGUGUACGCCAAGAUUGGUCCUACAAACGCCGCCGUUUUGAGGACAUUUCACACGCAUCGUUCCCGUGGCCAGACGAGUUUCUCGGUUGACCUAGCUACGAGUAAUCAAAGCGACGUUGUUGCAGCUUCUCCUAGGGUUUUCGAACUGCAACUGAAACUUGGUGCUAGAAAGAUUCAGGACGAUCAAAUUGGACGUUUCGACAUCAGAUGUCAGAUGAUUGGUCAUGAAAAUAUUAAAUGCCUUUCGUCUUUCAAAGAAUUGAAGAGUUGUUGUUAA